ACAGAUGUCUGACAACUGAGAAACGUCACUUGCAGCCAAUCAAAUCGCCCCACGAUUUGUGCCACGUUGUGCUGUCAUCAGCAUCACUGUACGCCUCUUACUUCAUGUUGGUCGGGCAGUCGACGUUUGCUAAUAAGGGAGUGAGUUUCAUUAAAAAUUAAGAUGUAUGUUCUUUCGGCUUUUUGUUUAAUUGCUACGGCAUCUUUCGCGUUCGCCAACGAAGAAAUUAAAACUGAAGACGGCGUUCUGGUGCUAACAAAAGACAAUUUCGAGAGAGCCAUCAUCCACAACGAAUUCAUCCUCGUCGAAUUUUAUGCGCCAUGGUGUGGACAUUGUAAAGCGUUAGCCCCAGAAUAUGCAAAAGCCGCAAAAACUCUCGCCGAGCAAGGAUCCGCCAUUAAAUUAGCAAAGGUCGACGCUACAGAAGAAACCGAACUUGCAGAAGAAUAUCAAGUAAGAGGAUAUCCAACUCUUAAAUUCUUCAGAAGUCAAGCGCCUGUAGAAUACAACGGUGGAAGGCAGGCCGACGACAUCGUAUCAUGGCUUCUGAAGAAGACUGGACCUCCAGCGAAAGAACUGAAAACAGUCGAAGAAGCGAAAGAGUUCAUCGAAGCCGCUAAUGUUGCCGUCAUCGGUUUCUUCAAAGAUCAAACUAGUGAUACAGCCAAAGCGUACUUAUCGGCUGCUGCUACCAUCGACGAUCAUCCAUUCGGAAUCACCUCGGAAGAAGCUGUGUUCAAAGAGUAUGAAGCCGAAUGCGGAAAUAUCAUUUUGUUCAAGAAGUUUGAUGAAGGAAAGGUGCUGUUCGAAGGAGAAGCCACUGAAAAGGACAUCAAGAAAUUCGUCACUGGAAACUCUUUACCGCUAAUCGUCGAAUUCAAUCACGAAACUGCACAGAAAAUCUUCGGUGGCGACAUCAAGAGCCACCUUCUUCUUUUCUUGAACAAGGGCGAGGAACACUUCGAGAAAGUAGUAGAAGCCGCUAGAUCCGUUGCUAAGCCAUUCAAAGAGCAGGUAUUAUUCGUUACCAUCGAUGCAGCUGAGGAAGACCAUCAACGAAUCCUCGAAUUCUUCGGUAUGAAGAAGGAAGAAGUACCAGCGGCCCGUCUCAUCAAACUUGAAGAAGAUAUGGCGAAAUACAAACCAGAUAAAAAUGAUUUAACAGCUGAGAGCAUCAAAAGAUUUGUCGAACGCUUCCUAGCUGGUAAACUCAAGCAGCAUUUGCUCAGUCAAGAACUUCCAGAUGAUUGGGAUACAGAAGCAGUUAAAAUUUUGGUAGCGAGCAAUUUCGACAGCGUAGUGUUCGAUUACAAAAAGAACGUGUUGGUUGAGUUUUAUGCUCCGUGGUGUGGCCACUGCAAGCAGUUGGCUCCCAUUUACGACAAAGUCGGGGAGCACUUCAAAGAUCACAAGAAGGUAGUCAUUGCCAAAAUCGAUGCUACUGCUAACGAAUUGGAGCAUACAAAAAUUACGAGCUUCCCUACGAUAAAACUGUAUACCAAACGUGAAAACAAGGUUAUAGAGUAUAACGGUCCGAGGACCUUUGAAGGUUUGAUCAAGUUCAUCGAGUCUGGAGGUGUGGAUGGUGCUGAAGAAACUGAUCCAUUCGAAGAAGAAGAGACGGAAGAUGAUGACUCUCCUAGGAAAGACGAGUUAUAAACUUUAGGUACUUAGUUUUAUUACUAACGUGAUUUCUAAAUUAUCAUUUAUACCGAUUUUUUAUAUCAAAAUUUACGGCGACUGUUUUGGCACUCGGUUCGUGUAGGUACCUAUUCAAUUUGAACUUCCUAAAAUAUUUUUUUUAAUUGUACCUCCAUUUAAGGAGGGUUUGUGAGACUGGUUGUGAAAUUGAUAUCUGCCUAACAUUAAGGUGCAAUUUCUUUAUUAACAUUCCUUUUUCUAUACUCUCUUCAUUAGGUUUUGUAUAUUUUAGUUCCAAGUAUUUAUUUUGUAAUCAAUUUCUUAUAUGAUAUUUUUCUACUGAUUCUGUUGUAGUGGUUUAGCAAAACGAUGUGCACAAUUGGCAGAUUUGUUGUUGUAUGUGGCGUGAAUGUGUAUUUUUUAACAUUAAAAGAAGUGUAAACUAAGAGAUAUUUUUUGUGAAUUAUUGUAAGGCAAAGCUGAAACAAAUAAAUGAAAUUACAUGUAAAA